CUAUCCAACGUUGGGCCAUGUUGCUUACUUGGCUCUUGAUCACUGUAAGCAGCGCACUUUCGUUUACUGGCGUAUUAUUUACCUCAGGACUGCACAGAACGUUUGGAAUACGCGCGCAAUUUGCAACACCGGCCCCCUUGCCGGUAUCUGGCUUGAAGUAACGCCAUCCCUGCUGAGCCGGGGCCAUGGAAUCAGGCAGAAUCAGCUACAAGACAGGCAGCAGCAAGCAAGAGACAUCCACUCUGCCCCACAAGGCUUUUGAAGCUGCGCUGGAGCUUUCACAGCUUCUGGACACAGGACUCGACAAGGAGACGUUAAGCAUCCUGCUUGAGCUCCUUGACGCGGGAGUCAACCCCGAGGCGCUUGCAACUGUUGUGCGUGAGCUGCGGCGCGAGGCGGCCGAUUACCAGGCCGCUGUGGAGCGCGUGAACGCGGCCGCUGCGGUCGCGGGCCAGGCGCAGCGCGUCAGGCAGUAAGGGGCCGCAGGGGCCCCUCCGGCCUGGCUGGGCGGGUGGGAGGCCCUCAGCCGUACCUCCCUCUGCUACCCAGCCCCGCUGCAGCGGUGCACACCGACGGCAGCCCAGCAUCGCAACGAAGGGAGGACUAACGGAGGACUGAGCCGAACCCGAGCGUGUUAGGAAGCUGACCAACGACGAACAGACCAGGGAGCAGCAUUGCCCCCUACAGGGUCGGGUGUGAGGACAGCCACUGUAACGUCCAACAAUAGCAGCUUAGCAGUGUUUCCGUACGCCGAAAGAGACAACAGACAGCACACACAUAGCAUAUUCAUCAGCACCUGGCAAUCAGGAAUUAAUCAAAGCGGGAAGACCCCAUCCGCAGCAUCUCUGCACGCAGCUAGCACGGAGUAGCCGGCAGCCCUGCAACUAGACACACUCACACGCAAGAAAGCCACAGCUAAACAAGGAAACUCUAGCACCCUCCAGUAACCGCAGCAGCAGCACCAGCACUCACCACAUCCGCGCUAGCAGUACCUCACACCCCAGGCGGGCCAGCCCCUAAUCAGCCCCGCAGCAGCCCCCAUGGCUGCCUCCCCCACGCGCGGCGGCACGGAUGGCUCCCCUGGCGGUGGCCGGGGGCUGCCCAUCGGCGGCGAGGGCAAGGACAUGGUGCACGACAUGCUGGCGGCGGCGGGGCCGCAGGGCAUUACGCAGGUGCAGGAGGCCUGCCUGAUGCCGUACCCGCUGGUGCGCCACCUGAUGGGCAUGUUGGAGUGCAUGGAGGUGACGAGAGUGGAGGCCCACCGCGCGGUGCUGCAGCGCGCCAAGGAGCGGCUGCUGAGUCGGGUGGCCGCCCUGGACGCGCGCGCGGAUAAGGCGCGGCUGGAGCGGCUGCUGGCGGCGUCCUUCAUGUACCUGGGCAUGGCAGAUCUGCGGGAGGUUCCCCUGGCCGUCAUGGAGCGCCUGGAGCGGGUCCCCCCUCCGCACCUGAAGCAGCUGGCGGCGGACACGGAGGUGUUCAAGAUACUGCCGCCGGGGGUGCAGCGGCAGGUUUGGGAGUACGACAAGAACCUGCUUCAGAACGACGCGCUGCCGCUGGUGGGCGCAUACAAGUACGAGACCGCCACCUACAUGCGCGCCCUGGCAGCAGAUGAGUUCCUGCCUG